GAUGUUAUGACAAACCCUUCCAAGGCUCAAUCAUGGAUUCAGCAGCACCUUCAACCUUACCUUUCACAAACCAAGAUCACCUGCAUCACCGUUGGAAAUGAAGUCUUCAACACCAAUGAUACCCAGUUAAUCAUGAAUCUCCUGGAGAGUGUUCAUGGCGCCCAUGUUAAUCUUGGAUUAGACCAACAAGUUACUGUCACAACAGCACAUUCUUUCAACAUAUUAAGCAAUUCAUACCCUCCUUCGUCUGGUUCGUUUAGGCAAGAUCUGCUUCAAUAUAUCCAACCUCUUCUUGCUUUUCACUCUCAAUUCAAUUCACCUUUUCUCAUCGAUGCAUACCCUUUUUUUGCAUACAAGGACAACCCAAGUGAGGUUUCUUUGAGCUAUGUACUAUUCGAGCCCAAUCCCAGUUCCAUCGAUCCCAACACCAAUCUCAACUAUGACAACAUGUUGUAUGCUCAAAUUGAUGCUGUGGAUGCUGCCAUCAAGAUGCUGGGCCAUACAGAUAUUGAGGUCCGGAUUUCAGAGACAGGUUGGCCUUCUAAGGGUGAUACUAAUGAAAUUGGAGCCACACCAGAGAAUGCAGCAACUUAUAAUGGUAAUCUGCUGAAAAGGAUAGAGCAGAAGCAAGGAACUCCUGCAAAUCCAUCAGUUCCAAUUGAUAUUUAUGUGUUUGCUUUGUUCAAUGAAAAUUUGAAGCCUGGACCCGCAUCAGAGAGGAACUAUGGCCUUUACUAUCCUGAUGGCACCCCAGUUUAUAACAUUGGAUUACAGGGUUUUCUCCCUGAGAUGGUUAUUGCAUCCAGUUCCAAUGCUGUUUUGGUGACGUGGUGAAACUGGGGUGGUGGUGGUGGUGGAC